AUGGAGCACUCUUCACCUCUAGCUGCCAUGCAGCCGCCGUCACUGAUGUUCGGCCAUCGCUUUGCAAACGACCCCCCUCAGUUCCGCACUCUCGGAGGUAUUGGGGCUUUUGGCCCGGGCAGCUUCAACUUCAAAGACUUGUCUAUGAAGAAACCGACGUCUGAUUAUUUCAAUGUUAAGCAGUUCACAGGCCCGUCUCCGGCCGCUAGUCUGGCUGCAGACCUGUCGCAGAAUUUCCAUAUCGACCAGAGCCCGCAACUGGCCACUCCUCGUCGUUCUCUGUUUGCGGCGAAUCUGUUUGGAGGCGAUGGGAGGCGUGAAGAAAUGAUGACGACGCCCCCGUUGCCGGCCUCGUCGCCCAUGACGGAUAUGAUGGACAUGUCUCCUCUUCCUCAUAAGCUGCCUAGCACUGUAGCGAAGACAGAAGUGGUGCCUCAGUCACCGAGCCCAGAUUUCGAAGGCUCUCGAACUGCUGCUGGCAUGUCCUUGCAAGCAUCGCCCAUGGAAGAUGCUCAACCCACUCAAGAACGUAGACGUCCUCCCCUUCUGCGCCCCUCUUUGAUCCGAACCAAGGCCCUUUCAACCCAGGCCGGGGCGACCAAGACUGCCCCCGAGAGCCAAUGCCCUCCCUUUCAGUUUGGCAACGGCAGCAGCAGCUUGUCACACUCAAUGUCCCUAGCUGACAUGUUCAAUGAGUCGUCGCCACCACAGGACCGCGGCAUGGGAAAGAACUCGUCAGCUACUAAUUUGCUUGGGCCUCGCCUGAGACAGCCUUUUCCUGGUCGUAGCAGCGGCACUGCCUCUCCUGUACCCGCUGCUGUCCGUAAGAGCUCUAGUGGAAACCCUUUCAUGCGUCCACGCAAGCAAUGCAGACGAUCACUUAGCAUGUUUGAACACCCAGAGGACGUUGUACGCCAGAAGCAACCAGAAGUAGUCCCAGAACCUACAUUGGCCUCCAUCAUGGACGAAGAGCCACAUCAUACUCUUCAACUUCCGCAUUUCAUCCCGUCUGACCAGCCUGAUAGUCUUCCCCGUAUUGAGAAAGAGGUUUUGGUGGACUUGAUCAAUGGUAAAUUCAACGAGCGCUUCGAAAAUGUCAUGAUCAUCGAUUGCCGCUUUGAAUAUGAAUAUGAGGGUGGCCACAUCAACGGUGCUAUUAACUACAAUGACAAGGAGGUUCUGGCCAACCAGCUUUUUGCUGAACCCAAGCCAGGGACUACUUUGAUUUUCCACUGCGAAUACUCAGCCCAUCGGGCUCCCAUCAUGGCGUCCUACAUCCGCCACAAGGACCGCGCCUAUAACGUCGAGCGCUAUCCCAAUCUAACUUUUCCUGAAAUGUACAUUCUGGAUGGAGGAUACAGUGCAUUCUUUGCCCAGCACCGAUCCCUCUGCUACCCCCAGAACUAUGUGGAAAUGGCAUCCAAGGAACACGAAUUUGCCUGCGAACGAGGGCUUGGAAAAGUUAAACAGCGAUCGAAGUUCAUCCGCGCUCAGACCUUUGCUUUUGGACAACAGUCACCUCAGAUGGAAGAUAGCCCGACUGGACGCUGCCGCAGCAGCAACAAUGACCGCACUCGGAGUUUGGAUUCGCCCUUUGAAUUGCCUGAUUCUGGCCGUCUUCCUGGCCGUCGCAUGCUCUCAUAUUAA